AUGCCCUGGAGCGCGUGCCGGCGUCUGGAGCAAAGACUGGGCUAUUUGGCCGGCGUCAUCCAUUUGUCGUCUUCUGCGCUCUUAAUCCUGUUGGUGUGUGAGUUAGCUGUAAGGAGGCUAGCUAGACCUUUGGUUUCUAGAAAGGUGCAUCGUUUUCUGUCGCUUCCAGCUGAUCUUACCAAGAUGCAUCUUACCGACAAUCCUCAUCCUCAGGUGACUCACGUCCCUUCAAGCCAGUCGGGAUGUAGCUUUGCCAGUGAUUCUGGGAGCAGCAGCCUGUCUGAUAUAUAUCAGGCUACAGAAAGUGAGAUGGGAGACGUUGAUUUAACGGGUCUUCCAGAAGCACCUGUAGACUCUGAAGAUGAAGAAGAAGAAGAGGAUGAAGAUAUUGACAGGACUUCAGAUCCGCUUCUAGGGCGAGAUGUUGUACGAGAGUGCCUUGAGAAAGAGCCUGCAGAUAAAACUGAUGAUGAUAUUGAGCAAUUAUUGGAAUUUAUGCACCAACUCCCUGCCUUUGCAAACAUGACUAUGUCUGUGAGAAGAGAACUUUGCUCAGUGAUGAUAUUUGAAGUAGUAGAGCAAGCAGGAGCCAUCAUACUUGAAGACGGCCAAGAACUCGAUUCUUGGUAUGUUAUUUUAAAUGGCACAGUGGAAAUCAGCUAUCCUGAUGGGAAGAGUGAGAGUCUCUGUAUGGGAAAUAGUUUUGGGAUUACUCCCUCUCUGGACAAACAGUACAUGAAUGGAGUGGUCAGAACCAAAGUAGAUGAUUGUCAGUUUGUGUGUAUAGCCCAGCAAGACUACUGGAGGAUUCUGAACCACGUGGAAAAAAACACUCAUAAAGUGGAGGAAGAAGGAGAAAUUGUUAUGGUAAAGGAGCACAGGGAGCUGGAUCGCAGUGGAACCAGAAAAGGACACAUAGUUAUCAAGGCAACACCCGAGCGGCUCAUCAUGCACUUAAUAGAAGAACAUUCUAUUGUGGAUCCAACCUACAUCGAAGAUUUCCUUUUAACGUACAGAACGUUUCUAACAAGCCCCCUGGAAGUUGGAAAUAAACUCUUGGAGUGGUUCACAGUGGACAGCCUCAGGGAUAAG